CUUCAUCAUCGUCCAUUGUUCUCAAAGGGAAAAAAACAAAACUUAAAGAUGGUGAAGAAGGAGAAGAAAGCGAAUGUGUCGGGAAAACCAAAGCAUUCGCUUGAUGCGAAUCGUGCAGAUGGCAAAAAGAAAACCACCGAAGGCCGUACCGCCGCCACAGUUCGCCGGCUUAAGAUGUAUAACACUAGGCCUAAGAGAAACACCGGCGGUAAAAUCCUUAGCAACGAGUACCAGUCGAAGGACUUGCCCGACUCACGUAUCGCACCUGAUCGAAGAUGGUUUGGGAACACACGUGUUGUGAAUCAGAAAGAGCUUGAGUAUUUUAGAGAAGAGCUUCAGACUAAGAUGUCUAGUAAUUAUAAUGUGAUUUUGAAAGAGAGGAAGCUGCCUAUGUCUCUUUUAACUGAUAACAAGAAGCAAAGGAAAGUUCACUUACUGGACAUGGAGCCCUUUCAAGAUGCUUUUGGAAAGAAGACAAAAAGGAAGCGGCCCAAGCUUGUGGCUUCUGAUUAUGAAGCCUUGGUGAAGAAGGCAUCUGAGUCUCAGGAUGCAUUUGAGGAGAAGAAUGGGGAAGGUACUUUUGGCGAAGGAGGAGAAGAAGAAGACGGGUUUAGAGAUCUUGUCAGGCAUACUAUGUUUGAGAAGGGACAGAGUAAGCGUAUUUGGGGUGAGCUUUACAAAGUCAUAGACUCUUCUGAUGUAAUUGUCCAGGUUAUAGAUGCUAGGGAUCCACAAGGAACUAGGUGUCAUCAUUUAGAAAAAACGUUGAAAGAGCAUCACAAGCAUAAACACAUGAUUCUAUUGUUGAACAAGUGUGAUCUUGUGCCGGCUUGGGCUACUAAAGGAUGGUUGAGAGUAUUAUCAAAAGAAUAUCCAACUCUAGCAUUCCAUGCAAGUGUUAACAAGUCAUUCGGAAAGGGGUCACUUCUCUCUGUUUUGAGGCAGUUUGCUCGUCUAAAAAGCGACAAGCAAGCUAUAUCUGUGGGAUUUGUUGGGUAUCCCAAUGUUGGGAAAUCAUCAGUUAUCAACACACUGCGUACUAAAAAUGUUUGCAAGGUUGCUCCAAUUCCAGGGGAGACAAAGGUCUGGCAAUACAUCACACUCACUAAGAGGAUUUUCUUGAUUGAUUGUCCUGGAGUUGUUUACCAGAGCCGUGAUACUGAGACAGAUAUAGUCCUCAAGGGAGUGGUAAGAGUUACAAACUUGGAAGAUGCAUCUGAGCACAUUGGAGAAGUACUGAGGCGUGUCAAGAAGGAGCACUUGCAGAGAGCGUACAAAAUAAAUGACUGGGAGGAUGAUCAUGAUUUUCUGCUUCAGUUAUGCAAAUCCUCUGGAAAACUGUUAAAGGGUGGAGAGCCUGAUUUGAUGACAGGAGCAAAGAUGAUACUCCAUGACUGGCAAAGAGGUCGUAUACCCUUCUUUGUCCCACCUCCCAAGCUAGAUGCUGUUGCUCCAGAAUCAGAAGCAACAGUGCCAGGCAUAGAUGAAGAAGCCAUAGGUGAUAAUAGUCAAGCAGCUGCUGCAUUGAAAGCCAUUGCUGGAAUCAUGUCUACCCAACAACAGAAGGAUGUUCCUGUCCAAAGAGAUUUCUAUGACGAGAAAGACCUCAAGGAUGAUAAUAAAGCAAAGGAGUCAACUGAAACAGAGGGGGAAGACGGAGCUGAUGGGCACGAAGAUGAGGAUGUGGUGUCGGAAGAUGGAGUGGAAAGUGAGUCUGAUGGGGAUGAGGAUGAAGAUUCAGAGUCAGGAAAUGAUGUGGAAAACGAGUCGGAUUCUGCCGAGUAAUGUUACACCUCGCAAAAUUUUGUUUCUGUUACUUGUAUACGUUGUGUUUUAAUUAACUCAAAGUGAGACUCUUGUCUAACACUAUUUACCAUUUACAAACAGUGGUUUAUUAGAAUGA